GUGGACCGGACGUGAUGACGCAGGAAGUCUCGCCUGUAUACGUGCGCGUUCUUGAGUAAGCUCGGAACAAGUAGAGGACGACGAGGCUUUAUCGAGGUCUUUCACCAGUACCGUGUUUUCCUCUUGAAACAGGCCCGGUAUUUACACUGUUACACAUUUAACAACACUUCACCAUGAGAAGGAAGCUGUUCGGUGCCAUUUUCGCCAUUUGUAUCGGUUGGUUUCAAGCCGAGGCGCUAACAGCGGGCUUCAUAAAAUCACCGUUGUCUCAGAUGAAACUCAUAGAAGACAGUGCCGAGCUGGAUUGCGAGGUCAUAGGGAACCCCAUCCCUGAAGUUCAGUGGUGGUUCAUUGAGGGCGAGGAGCCAGAUGAAACCGUCACUCAGCUGUUUGACGGUGCAAGAGAGGAUCGCGUGCACAUCAACGCCACCUAUAUUCACCAUGCCACCAGCACGCUCGUCCUCACCAACCUAAUGCUCAACGACACGGGCGUUUACGAGUGCCGCGCCUCAAACGACCCUGACCGCAACGACCUCAGGACCCCGCCCAAAGUCAAGUGGAUUCGCUCACAAGCGAACGUUAUAGUAUUUGAACAUGCAUCCAUCAAGACCGAACCAGAGGAGGUGUUGAACAAGACUUCUGCAACUCUAAGCUGCAACCUUACCAACCCUUCCUCUCCCAUCAAAGGCCACUAUUGGACCAGGAAUGACAAGAUGAUCGAAAAAUCAGAGUCAAGCAGUGGCGACACUUACGCUGAAUAUCACAUUGAAAAGAUUGAUUACCACCAUGCUGGAGUAUAUGCAUGCGUCUUCAGGUCAGAGCCUCAGGUUAAUGCAACCAUUGAAGUUAAAGCUUUCCCACAUGUAGCGGCCUACAAACACUCUGAAAGUGCUAAUGAGAAGGACAAGGCUGUCCUAACAUGUGUGAGCCAUGGAUACCCCCUGCCGACUGACUGGACUUGGCACAAGCUCUCUGACAUAAAUAUGAUACAGGAUAACGUUGCCAAUGGCACUGGUGGCAAGUAUGAGAUCAAGACCACCCCCAACAAGACCAUGCUGUACAUAAAUGAUCUGGACAUCAACAGCGACAUGGACACCUAUGAGUGCCGCGGCUCCAAUGAAAUGGGAACAGCCCGGGACAAGAUUCAGUUGCGUGUACGCAGCCAGCUGGCCGCCCUGUGGCCAUUCCUUGGCAUUGUCGCUGAGGUCAUCAUCCUCGUCGUCAUCAUCUUCGUCUACGAGAAGAGAAGAAAGCCCGACGAGAUCACUGACGAUGAUGACUCAGGAUCUGCACCACUGAAGAGCAACGCCGCUACCAACCACAAAGACAAAAACGUCCGGCAAAGAAACUCCAACUGAGAAAAGGAGAAAAGGUGUCUUGAUGACUACUGUUGAAGACAUAAGGAGUGUUGAGUUUGAGUAGCACAUUAUAGUGCAUCCUGCGAGUUUUUAACCUUCUGCUUGAGUGUAAAUGUCUUGAGCUGUUCAUUGGCCUCCUUUUUCUUUUAUUCGUAUCUAUUUGUGGUUUUGGGGGGAGGGGAGAAAUUGCAUGAUUGUAUUCCUGCUGUAGAAGUGUGUUUUGUAAAAAUCUCUAAAUGUGAGAAUGACUUUUUUUUUUUUUUUCUCCUUCUUGUCUUCCCGGCUCCUUUCACUGUUCUUCAUGAGUGUACGCACCGCAACGUCUGAAACAUCUACCGAGUGUGUGUGUGUGUGUGUCAAAUCACUGUUCAGCUGCAUGUAUACAGAUAGAUCGCUGAAACAGCCAUUUUCUCAUUCAGUUUCCUUUUGCCAGUCAUUUUCCUUUCUGUAAGCCUUAAUGUUUAGCUACUUUAUUGUACAUGCUGUCUUUUAAUUAUUAAAAUAAUUUAAAUUAACAACUUUUAUGUGCAGUACUCGUGUUGUUACUGCAUAUUAAAGUGCACUAUUCCAUGUGGAUGGUCAAAUGCCACUUUAUUUUGUCUGGCUAACAAUUUUCUGUUUAAUGUCAAACAAGCUUAGUUUCAUGUUGCUUAGAUGGUUUCCAAUGUUGAAUUUUAGGAUUCCUCCUGCCAUUCUAACCCUUAAGGACCAAGUGCUAGUACAAUGUGUCAUUUGCUUCUCGGAUAAUCUGUUAUAAAUCAUUUCCCAAAUUCUAACAUGGAGGACAAUGACAUGGUUAUAUUUAGGUAAAGACAGUGAAGUUGGGAUUUUAGUCGAGGCUUGUUUUGUUUUGCUUAAAUGACGCUUUCCUGUUGACAGUCAUACUUGCAUUGUAAUGCAUUGUGAAGUAUAGUGUCUGGAUGUGUGCCAUUUCCAAGUUAAGAGAUGCAUAAAAUGUAAGACCUUGAUAGAAGUGUAUAAAUUAUUUUGCCUUAGCUUCAUAGGAAGGAAUCUCAUACACUGUCAACUGUACUGUAUUGCACAAUCUAAAUAAAGUUUUGAUUUUAA